AUGUCGCAAGUCGCCUACCUCACCGGUGGAGCCUCCGGCAUCGCAAAAGCAGUUGCGCAGAUGUUGGUCAAGCACAACAACAAGGUCUUCAUCGCCGACCGUGACUUGGCCGCCGCUCAGCAAUUUGUCGACGAAUUGAACGGCUCGGGGAAAGGGGUUGUUGCCGCAUGUGCCUACACCGACGUCGCGGACUGGAACUCGCAGGCCAAGGCGUUCAGCCAGGCCGUCGCGACCUUCGGCCGCAUCGACCUCGUCUACCCUAUCGCUGGAGUCGGCGAGCGAGUGUGGAUCCCAAAACCGUCGGGGGCCAGUGAGUUCGAGAAGCCCGAUCUGGGCGUCAUCGAUGUCAACGUGAACGGAGUGCUAUACACGGUGGCACUCGCGGUCCAGCAAUUCAGAAAGCAGGGACCAGGCCCUAAUGGACUCAGAGGCAAGAUUGUCACCGUCGCCAGCGUCUGUGGCUGGUACGUCAUUCCAACUCUGCCGAUAUACACGACUUCGAAACACGCCGUGGUCGGCCUCGUGCGCACGUACGGGAGAUAUCUGUUCGAUGAGGAAAAAAUCACAUUCAACGGCGUGUGCCCACACGUCGUGAAGACCAACAUCUCCAACUCGAAGGUGGGCUUCGGCGACAGGGUCGAGAAAGCCGGACUGUACACGCCCAUGGAGGCGGUGGUGGAGACGUUUGAGAAGCUGUGGCAGGACGAUACGACCAGCGGGGAGUGCUUCGAGGUCGGACCGAAUUACGCCAAAAAUGGACCCGUGGCGAGGCAGCCGAUCGAGGUCUUGGAUCAAGAAAGUGAGAAAUUGCACGAGUUCCUCACGGAAAUGGGUCGGCCGCUGCAAGUGCCUCAGCAGUGA